AUGUCCGACCAGCCUGCGACUGUCGCUGCUCCCACGGCCCGGUCCGACCUAGCGUCGGCCGUUGAGUCGGCUCCGGCGCCGCAGCCAGAGUUAGUUCCCGCCGCUGAUCCACAGACAGGCACUGACAGCCGCUGGAAGGAUGGCGACGAGAGUGAAACUGAUUCUGCUGUUGGUGAUGAUGCCGCGAGCUCUACUGCUUCCAUCACGUCGAGCAUUCUCGAGUACCGCACUAUCCAGGGUCGUACAUUUCACAGUGAUAAACACCCUACCGAGUACUUCACUCCCAACGAUGAGCAACAGUCUGCCUCGAUUGACAUCAACCAUCAGGCCUUGACGCUGCUUUUGGGCGGAAAGCUCUUCCUUGCACCCAUCAAGCCCAACGUGCAGAGAGUACUUGAUGUUGGUACCGGAACUGGUAUCUGGGCCAUCGACUUUGCAGACGAGUACCCUGAAGCUGAAGUCAUUGGCUCUGACUUGUCUCCAAUUCAACCUACUUGGGUCCCUCCCAAUGUUAAGUUUGAGAUCGACGACGCCUCGCUCCGCUGGACGUGGGAUAACAACACCUUUGACUUCAUCCAUAUCCGCUACCUCUUCGGCGCCAUUAAGGACUGGACUUCUCUUUUCCAAGAGGCCUAUCGCUGCUGUGCUGCCGAUGGCUGGAUCCAAUCUGGCGAAGCCGACGUGCAUAUUCGCAGUGAUGACGGCACCACCGACGAUAUCGACUGCCUAAAGAUAUGGGCGAAACUAUUCACCGAGGGAGGUAAAUUGCUCGGUAACUCGUUCUUCGUCCAAGAGGGAGAUCUGCAGGAAAAGGGAAUUCAUGAGGCUGGUUUUACCGAUAUCAAGAGCAUUGAAUACAAGUUCCCUAUUGGUGGAUGGCCAAAGGACCCUGAGUUGAGGGAAGUCGGAAACUUUGUCCGCGCCACGCUUGAGAACGACCUCGAGGGUUACACCCUCCUCCUUUGGAAGACAAUUCUGCAAUGGCCCGACGACGAGUACCAAGUCUUUCUCAUGGAGAUGCGCAAGUUCCUCCGAAACCGCAAGGUUCAUCCUUACAUGACUGUUCGAUACGUCUAUGGCCGCAAGGCGGAGGAAUCCUAA